UUGGUCGGAGGACCAAGGUGCUCGUUCAGACCUCCAGCCCACGUCAUUCGCCUCCGAUUGGCCCAAACCCGCUGUCAGUCAGUGAGACGCAUCUUGCGGACACCGCCGGGUCAUGGCAGGGACUCACGCCGUUUCUGUGCGGGAUGAUUGAAGAGGAGGGAAUUCCAGUUGAACGUGGAGCCACAGGGACCUGGCCCAGUGUCUCCAUCGGUCAGAAGUUGAACUUCACUGGCCCCUGAACGUGGAUGAAGAAACAUAACUUUUGUGUCCAGGCGGCAAGAGAUUUCUAACCUCGGCGUGAUCUGAAAAGCGUCGAGGCGUGCUCGUAGGAAGAACCUCAGCCGGUCACACGGACUGAGAGACGGGGCUCCGACCGUGGGAGGAAGCUUUACCCGGUCACACGGACUGAGAGACGGUGCUCCGACCGUGGGAGGAAGCUUUACCCGGUCACACGGACUGAGAGACGGGGCUCCGACCGUGGGAGGGAGCUUUACCCGGUCACACGGACUGAGAGACGGGGCUCCGAACGUGGGAGGGAGCUUUACCCGGUCACACGGACGGAAAAAAAGAAUCAUUCACGGCACGGAGAAACCACUUGCGUGCUCCGCUUGUUGGCGAGUGUUCAAGCCACCCGCAGAGACGCUCGACGGCAUGGAGAAACUGUGGGAAUGUGGGCACUGUGAAAAGGAAUUCCGAUCUCCGUCCCAGCUGGAAAUUCACCGACGCAGUCACACCGGAGAGAGGCCGUUCGUCUGCCCCGAGUGUGGGAAGGGAUUCACGCAGUCAUCCAACCUCCUGAAGCAUCAGCGAGGGCACACCGGGGAGAGGCCAUUCGCCUGCUCCGAGUGCGGCAAGGCGUUCACCCAGUCCACCAGCUUCGUGGCACACCAGCGGGUUCACACCGGAGAGAGGCCGUUCAGCUGCUUGUUCUGUGGAAAGAAGUUCAGGAAUUCGUCCAACCUGACUGCACACCGGCGCGUUCACAGUGGGGAGAAACCGUUCACUUGCUCUGUGUGUGGGAAGGCAUUCACUCAGUUAUCGAGCUUGUUGACACACCAGCGACUACACACUGAGGAGAAACCGUUCUCCUGCUCACAGUGUGGGAGAGGAUUCAACCAGUCAACCAACCUGCUGACACACCAGCGAGUUCAUACAGGCGAGAGGCCAUUCAGCUGCCCCACUUGUGGGCAGAGAUUCGUUACUUCUUCCAACCUGCUGACUCACCAGCGAGUUCACAGCGGGGAGAGACCGUUUACCUGUUUCGAUUGUGGGAAAGGAUUUAUUCAGUCCUCCACUCUGCUGAUACACCAGCGAGUUCACACCGGGGACAGGCCGUUCACGUGCUCAGAGUGCGGGAAGGGAUUCACUCAGUUGUCCAGCCUUCUGACGCACCAACGAGUCCAUUCCGAGCAGAAACCGUUCACCUGCUCGCAGUGUGGCAAGGGAUUUGUUCAGUCAUCCAAUUUGUUGACCCACCAGAGAGUUCACACCGGGGAGAAACCGUUCAGCUGCUUGCAGUGUGGGAAGGAGUUCAGUACUUCAUCGAACCUGCUGAUGCACCAGCGGCUUCAUAGUGGGGAGAAUAAGCAGAUCAAUAGAAGCUUCUUAAACCGAUAUGGAUAUUUGGAAGUUAUUGAGUUCAGUCAGUACGAGACAGAACCCACAAUGCAGGCGGAGUUGGAAACUGAGGCAGUGGAGGUGACCCCUGACCAAGAGCAAUUACUGUUCAAAACAUCGGGUGUUUCUCUUCAAAUAAAUACUGGCAAAGAGUCAAAAAUAGCCCUGCCAAAGAUUACGCUCAUUUACAUCACCAUUACGAACAACUUAGCGUGGGGAAGCUCAGAAAAAGCUGUACAAUUGGAAUCCAAUGCAGUUUCAGUUUAUGGUUUUCGUUUCUGGUGCGGGGACGGCGGGCUGGGUGAGCCCUCCCGGUUUGGGGACGGCGGGCUGGGUGAGCCCUCCCGGUGCGGGGCCAGCGGCCUGGGUGAGCCCUCCCGGUUUGGGGACGGCGGGCUGGGUGAGCCCUCCCGGUUUGGGGACGGCGGGCUGGGUGAGCCCUCCCGGUUGGGGGACGGCGAGCUGGGUGAGCCCUCCCGGUUUGGGGACGGUGCGCUGGGUGGUUUGGGGACGGCGGGCUGGGUGAGCCCUCCCGGUUUGGGGACGGCGGGCUGGGUGAGCCCUCCCGGUUUGGGGACGGCGGGCUGGGUGAACCCUCCCGGUGUGGGGCCGGCGGGCUGGGUGAGCCCUCCCGGUGUGGGGCCGGCGGGCUGGGCCAUGGCCUCCCCACUGGGCAACCUGCCUUCCCAUGAGGCCAUGGCCUCCCCACUGGGCAACUUGCCUUCCCAUGAGGCCAUGGCCUCCCCACUGGGCAACUUGUCUUCCCAUGAGGCCAUUGCCUCCCCACUGGGCAACUUGCCUUCCCACGAGGCCAUUGUCUCUGACAUCACAGAGAAGGGCGCGCAUGCGCCCUGUGACACCAGCGGCCACCUCAGUGGGGGGCGGGGGCUCAUUCCUGAGUUGCCUCCCAAUAAAAAUGGCGACGACGGUAAGCGGGCCCGUCGCCUCUUUCCUUUCGCUGCAAGCGCAGAACCGGACGUUGCCGAUACGGCUCCGGCAGCCUACCCACGGUGCGGCAAUGACACCUCCCGCUCCCUCACUCACGGGGCCGCCAUGUCUCCUCCUCGACCUUCCGCUCCACCGUCCGCCCCCGACGUCAUUGCGUCAUCCCGGCCCCUGGCUUCUCCUCAAACGCUUGCUCCACAAACGAUUGACUACUGUCACUUACGACCUGUUCGGGGUUCCCAAACCUGGCAAAUAUUUCAUCCUGUCAGUACCAUCGUGGUUUUUGUUGCUGACUUCAUGACGGCCACCUUGGUGUGGGCAUCCACAAUCACCCAGGAACAUCCUCUACUGGUCCCGCAAAAUCAAGUUGAAUCCAGAGCCAGGGUGACUGAAGCCAGUCCCAUGGGUGAAGCCAUCAUUGGCACCUUCCGGAUGUCACGUGCGGGAGAGAUGUUUGCUGCCCAGAGGGACUAUGAGGAGAGACUCCCAUCUGAAGAUGAGCACAUAGACUCUCUGGGAUCUGCAACACACUCACUGCACCUUCCCAAUGAGGAACACUCUCAGCCAAUCCUGGACGUCCAGAUGCAGCCCAGCUCCUCCCAGCCCCCCUUUCACUUCCAUUGGAUGGCGGGCUGCGUGCGACGCGCACGCCAUUGGUUCCGGUCGCUGUCGAUCUGGACAGUCCACAUGCAGCCCCGCCCUCCUUUCACUUCCAUUGGCCGGCCGGACGGCCGCCCGCCCGCCCGCGACGCGCUCGCCAUUGGCCGGGGUCGCUGUCGGUCAGGGACGUCCCGCUGCAGCCCCGGCCUCCGCUCACUCCCAUUGGCUGGCUGGCAGGCAGGCCGGGCCGGCCGCGCUCGCCACUGGUUGGAGUCGCCGUCGCGAGGUGGGGCGCACGCGCGGUCGCCCUGCCAGGUAGGGCGCACGCGCGGUCGCCAUCUUGCCUCGGAACGCGACUCCAAGCUGAUGCCGAUUAAAGCCGUUCGCCCGCAGCCCCAGACGCACUGGAUUUUGAACAUGGAAGAAAAGAACAGUGUUCACAUCAGGGAAAAACCGUACGCAUGUUCUGUGUGUGAACGAAGCUUUACCCAAUCAUCUGGCCUAUCACGACACAAAUGCAGUUCGAAAAGAGAGAAGCCAUGGAAAUGUGUGGACUGUGGGAAGGGAUUCAUUUCACCGUCAGUGCUAGAAAUCCAUCGGCGUGGUCACACAGGGGAGCGACCGUUCAUCUGUUCCACGUGCGGGAAGGGCUUUACUCAGUCAGCCAAUCUGCUGGAGCACCAGCGAGUUCAUACUGGGGCGAGACCAUUCACCUGUCCUGAGUGUGGGAAGAGAUUCACUCAGUCAUCCAACUUGCUGACUCACCAGCGAUCUCACACUGGGAAAAGGCCGUUUACCUGCCCCGAGUGUGAGAAGGGAUUCACUCAACAUUCACACCUGCUGAGGCAUCAGCGGGUUCACACUGGCGAGAGACCCUUUAAGUGCUUGGACUGUGGGAAGUGCUAUAAAAGUUCUGGGGAACUCAUGUCCCAUCAACGUAUUCACACUGAUGAGAAGCCAUUCAGGUGCUCUCAGUGCAGCAUCGGGUUCAAGCACUCAUCUGAUCUCACUGUCCACCGGCGCUGCCACACCGGAGAGAGGCCUUUCACUUGUUCAGAGUGCGGGAAGGGUUUCACUCAAUCUUCGACCCUGUUCAAUCACCAGCGAAUUCAUACCGGGGAGAGACCGUUCCCCUGCUCCAAGUGUGGGAAGAGAUUCACUCGGCCGUCUCACCUGCUAAGUCACCAGCGGGUUCACAUUAGCGAGAGGCCGUUCACCUGCUCAGAGUGCGGAAAGGGGUUUACUCAGUCGUCCAACCUGCUGAGGCAUCAACGAGCUCACAAGUAACUGCAGUGAUUUGAUCUUGCUGUUGAUGACAAAGUUGACCACACCGCCCUGCUCCAAUGCAUCUCGCCUCGUUGCCUGGGUGUGCAGUCUCUAGGUCCCAUUCUUACUGAGCUAACUGUUGACGGAGAGUCUCCUGCAGCAGCUACUCUUCUGCUCCCAUAUGGAUGUCGUUGGUGUCUCCCAGCGAUUUGAUCCUUGCCCCCUCUGUCAAAAAAAAAAAGUAUCAUUGUUAUUUUCUGUAUUUUUGAUUGUGGAUGAAUACGGAAAAAUGUUUCGAAACCAAGGACUGUGGAAGGAAUUGAUGAAUUUACAGAAACAAAUGACUGAAUGUCAUUUUGCGCUUAUUGACAAUGCUGCUAUGUUCAGACUGUGAAGGCAGAUAUUUAUGGAUGGCAGGACACUGGGUUAUGAGAAUGCGCAGAGCGAGAUUUCGCUGGCCUUUGUCAGCUGAUUGGAUUGUUCAAUCAUGGAUGUCAAAGGUCAUCAGCCUGAUGGUAACUCUGCAAUUGGUUCAAGGACAGCUUGUACAGGAUAUAGAGACAGAUCAGUGGGCUACUGGAAGGACUCUGUACUGUAAAAAAUACCUGAAAAAGUUAAAAAUCACACAACACCAGGUUA